GCGGGGCUUGGUGCGCAUCGAGUCGCCCGAUGGGGCGCCUGGCGCGGACGCGACCCACCCCACACGCGGUGCCCGCGGACGGAGGCGACUUCCGUCGGCCGAUUAAUCGAUCGCCAACAAAAUAAUCCAUCGACAUCGUCGCCGUUGCUCUCUUUAACAUCGCCUGCAAUCGAUUGUUUCGAGGGACGCGCGGAGGCGGCGAUCGCCGCUCCGGGAGUUCGGGCAAGAGGCGCCAUGCCCCUGCACAAGUACCCGCCCAAGAUGUGGGAGGCGUUGAAGCUGCAGCGAGGGGUCUACGCGCGCCUACCCCAACACUACCGCGACUCCUUGGUGCCCCGAGACCCGACCCCGGUGCACUACGUGCCGGGCGAGGACGGCUGGAAGUCGUGCCCACGCACGGGCAGGCGGUGGCGCGUCCAGCGCAACCCGGCCAUCCCCGUCCACUAUCCGCGCGAGUCGCAGAACGGCCUCUGGGGUGGCGAGGGCUGGCUCUACGGCUUCACCUACUCCAACAAUGAGAAGCUCUCGCGGAAGCUGCGCAGGCUGUGGAAACCCCAGCUGUUUAAGCGGGAUCUGUACAGCGAGAUCCUGGACCACACCUUCAGCGUCACCGUCACCAUGAGGACUCUGGACCUAAUUGACAAUGCCUAUGGAUUUGACUUUUACAUCCUCAAGACCCCAAAGGAGGACCUCAACUCCAAGUUUGGCAUGGAGCUCAAGAGGACCUUGCUGCUGCGUCUGGCUCGCAAAGACACGCAACUCUACCCCGAUGAUCCCGUCAAGAGGGAGUUCGUCUACGACAAGUACAAGGAGUUUGUGGUUCCAGAAGAGGAGGCAGAAUGGGUUGGGCUUUCCCUGGUGGAGGCUGUUGAAAAGCAAAGACAAAUAGAAAAGAAGGACGUCGAGCCGCUGUUUAAAGUCUACGUGAGAGAGCUGGUGGAGAAGGUGACCGCUAUGCAACUGCAGGAGCCCGCCGUGGUCGUCAAGAACGAGCGGCGCAGUUAACUCGCAGCUGAGUUGGAGCGUUGUUUCUCAAACCACAGUCCUCGCUAGCCCGCAGGGUGCAUCUUUCUUUUUUGCUUACCAACCGUUGUGAGCGUGCGUGCGUGCGUGCGUGCAUGCGUGCAACGUGCCGUGGAUUAUUCUUUGCACAUGAAGUUGGAAGAUUGGUAGAUGUGGAAAGGUGCACCGUGGGUGUCUCACGAGGGUUGGAGUUGGAGAAACGCUGAGUGAGAGGGCUAAAAUGUUUCACCGGUGAUCCUAAAUCUUAACUCAGGCCACCCACGUGCAGUAUGAUGCUGUGUCAUGUACCCAUUUUCAUUCCAUACAGUUUAUUGUCCAAUAAGUUGAACAUUAGAACUUGGUCAACUUGAGAUCUGGGGUUUUUGAGGUCUGGAUUAAGAACCACUGCUGAAAGAACCUAUCAAAUGAGCUUCGGGCAUCAGAAUGGCCAACAUGGAAUGUCUCGGUGAUUUGCCAGAGUGUUGUUAACAGAGAUGUCGACACGUUUUCACCAAAACACAAACAAUAAACAUCAAACACAAAAAUACACCACUUGUGUUUGUUUAUCCGUCGUCAUAACGAUUGUUAAAUAAACAUUAUGCACUCUGCCAAACACAUUUUUUUUAUUAAAACAUGUAUUUAUGUUAACCUUUAUCACACAAAAAAGUAUAUUUGUGCAGGCUCUCAAUUAAAAUGCUUCUUAAACUUGA